CACCAGUGUCUUAUGGGUACAGCAGCAGAAGAGGAGAAGUACCCAGUUUGCUGCCGCCGCUGCCCCCAACAGCAGGUUCGGGUUUGGGGCCCCGGGGGGCCCCCGGGGGCCCCUGGGGGCCCCCCUCGGGGGCCUCGCCGUGGGGAGGGUACGGGGGAGCCCCCGGGGGCCCCUGGAGCAGCAGCAGCAGCAGCAGCAGCAGCCCGUGGCCGCGCUCCGCAGCAGCAGCAGCAGCAGCAGCAGCAGUCCACCCCAAAGACCCCAGAGCUGCCCAGGGGCCCUGGAGAGGGGCCUCUCCCCCCCCAGAGUUUUUUGCUGCUCGCAUGCAGCUGCGGAAUGAGCUGCAGCGGCAGCAGCAGCACAAGUUGCUGCGCAAGGAGCAGCGCAAAGCGCUGCGGCGGCAGCAGCAGCGCGAAAUAAACCGCAGAGAGCAGCCGCCCUUUUUGCUGAGGGUUUUCUGCCGGUUGGACUCGCAGCACUCUGUGGAGGAGUUUAGGGUUAGGGGUCAGGAGCCAGUGCAGGACGAGUUGCAGGUUUACGCGUGGAUGGACACGCGGCUGCGGGAGAUUUGCUAUUUAAUAAAAGACGUUUGCGCGGAGGCGCGAGACAGAAGGGCUCUUUGGCACUUCAGGCUUUGCUACCCAGAUAAGGAGGGCCAAAAUGUGUUCGCCGACGUUGGGAUGCUGCACUCGAUUAUUCCGGACCCGAAGGAAGACUCUCGCACUCUGGCAGACGUGAAGUUUCAAGUGGGGGACUUUCUGGUGCUGUCGAUAAUUCGGAAGCAAAAAACUAAUAAAAAACUGGCCCCACAUCCAGACCCGAAGCUGCAGAUGCAGGAGGGUUGGGAGUUUGCCCCGCGGCCUUCCGUGCUGCAGCAGCUGCCGCCGUUUGCUGCU